AUGGAUUUGAUACCUUGGGACUAUAAAUCCUUUUUAUUAUUUUGUGGUAAUUAUAAUCUCUGUUGCAUACAGGAAAGUUCAGUCAAAAGCUUCCGUGAAAACCGUUCCCGUGCAAAUGAAGUUUUGCAAUCUACAAAGUCAUCUUCCAAAGCAUCUGGAGAAAACAUACUUGAUGAUUCGCUAUCCUCUGAUUCUGUUGAUGAACCUGCUGCAGUGAUACUUCCUCAGCAGAAUAGUGUAGCAGACGAAAAUGAAGAGGAAGAUGAACCUGAAGCUUGCUUGAUCACUAACCAGCAAUCCAGAAACCAGCAGCCAAACCUCAUGAAGACAAAGCAGCACCAAAAAAACGUGCCUCUUGGCAAAAAGCCCACCACCACUUCUAAAAAAGAUGAGAAACAGCCUUCCAUCUUUGAUGCUCUUGCCAAAAAAAAGGCUGUUCCAAAAUCUUCUAAGUUGCCUGCUAAAACAAAAAUCAACAUAUCAUCUGAUGAAGACAGUGUUCCAAAGAAAGUGGCGACUGCUAAGGCUAAAAUACCCAAAAGGAAGAAGGUCGUUGACUCAGAUUCGGAAGAUGAAUUGGAACCAUACCUGUAAAAGCCACUGCCAACAAAAAAUCCAAGAUGCUGGAUGAUGACAGUUUCCAUAUUGAUAGUGCUGAAGACUCCAACUUCACUGCUGAUUUGAAUAUAGCACCCAGACUUAAACAAGUCGUGCAAAAAAGCCUGUCCGAUAUCAAGAGGACGAUGAUGAUGAUGAUGAUGAUAUGUUUAAAAUAUCUAGGCCCAUUUAGCACUGCACUGCCAAUCUUGGUUCCAAACUUAGAAUUAAGUCUGAGAUUUUUAUGGUUUGCAAACGGAGCAGUACUUCAGUCACCAGUAUCUUCCUGGGGUUGAGUUGGGGUAGGGUAGAUAAGGCAAAAUUCUUGCUCCUUAUCACUGCUGAGGGGAAAAGGCCCACGUUGUAAAGUUUGGAUUUUAAUAAACUCCUCCACUGUAUUAAAACAAAAAUGACCAAUUGGGUUGUAAAUAGCCAUGAAAUCAUAUUGGCAUGAGUUGAAGGGGAUAAUGAUUGUUGAAAGGAUAUUGGCUAAUUUUAAUUUUGUGUGUUGUAAAUAUUGCUGAUUACUUAUCUCUAAGCUAGUCCUCUUGCAUCUUAUUAAAACGUUCCUUAAAUGUUGUAAAAAUGUUGCUCAUUCUUUCAUUAGAAUUGUACUUUUAGCACAAAAUAAACAUUUGUUUUACUUGGUUCUGUUAAUCUGAAAUACUGCAUGUGGGGAUCAAUUGGAAAUAAAGGAAUAUUAAAGGAUAUGGAACCAGGAUAGGUAGCUUAUUGAUGUAUUUGAUCAGCUGCAUCUAACUGAACGAUGGAAAGGAUCUUGGGAAUGAACUGGCCAUGUCUAUUCCCAUGAUUUUCCUCACUUGAAUUGUCACAACGUGAAGACAACAGUUUUAAUAUUGCUUUGGCUAUUCUGGACACAAGGAGCUGUGCAUGUGCAGGUUUUGUUUUUGGUCCCUGCAGGUUUUGCAUCAAGCCUUGCUGGAAAAGAUGAAUGAAAACACCAGUAAGUGUAGAAUUAUGUAUUGACUAGAUCCAAGUGCAGAAUUAAGUAAUGAUCUCAGUCAAGGUAAGAGCAUGUGAUGCUGUUUCUUUAAGUUUUAACUGCUUUCCAUCUUUCACGUUUGCUGAUGCUAUACACCUUUUUCUCAACUACUAAGUGGUACAGAUUGUUUAAGCUGCUGUCAAAUCUCCAAACUCACUUCAUGUUUGAACAUACACAUUACUGUGCUCCAAGAAGUUAUACACAUGGAAACAGGCCCUUUGGCCCAAUGUGUCUACACCAACCAAGAUUUCCAUCUAAGCUAGUCCCGUUUGACCCAUAUUUCUCCAAACCUUUCUUAUCCAAGUGCCUUUUAAAUGUUAAUAUACCUGCCUCAACCACUUCCUCUGGCAGCUCAUUCCAUAUACAGACCACCCUCUGGGUGAAAAAGUUGCCCAUCAGGUUCCUAUUAAAUCUCUCCCCUUUCACCUUAAACCUGUGCCCUCUAGUUCUUGAUUCCCCAACCCUGAGGGGACUAAACUGCAUCCACCCUAUCUAUGCCCUUCAUGAUUUUAAAUACUUCAUUCUCCUAUGCUCUAAUGAAUAAAGUCCCAGCCUGCUCAACCUUUCUCCAUAACUAAGUCCCUUGUGUCUUGGCAACAUCCUCUUAAAUCUCCUCUGCACACUUUCCAGUUUAUUGGCAUCCUUCCUAUAGCAGGGUGACCUAAAGUGAACACGAUAUUCCAAAUGCAGCCUUAUCAAUGCCUUGUACACAGCUCAACACCUGUGGCAGGACUUGUACAAUAUAACUUCCUAGAAGGCAAGGUCAGGUAGCAUAAUUGGCAACGACCCAUCAUUCCUUGAUCGAGCUCAAUACCUUUUAUGCAGACUUUGAUGGGAGAAACUAUGACACAUCCACAUGAGCCCCCACAUCUCUGGAUGACCCUGUAAUUUAAGUCUCUGAGGCUGACGUCUAGGCAUCCUUCAAGAGGGUGAAUCCACAAAAGGUCUGGUCCAGAUGGAGUGCCUGACUGAGUACUAAAGAUCUGUGCGGACCAACUUUCUUUCUUAACCAAAAUAACCUUUAUUCAUAAUAAAGACAAACUUUUUUUUAUUCCAAAAUAAACUUUAUUCAUCAUAAAAAACAAACUAUA